AUGGGAUUCAAGAAGUAUUUUGAUUUUAUCUCACAUCUUCUUGUAGCCGAGCAACAUAAUGGGCUAUUAAUGAAAAACCAUGAAAGCCGACCUACUGGUUCUUGUCCAUUCCCUGAAGUGAAUGAGACGAACUUCCACCAAGCUAAACGUGGAAGAGGUCGUGGCCCCAGUCGUGGUCAUGGCCGUGGUCGGGGAAGAAACUUUAAUCAUGGUAAUAAUAAUGCACCAAAGAACCCUCCUCACCACCAGCAGUGGAAAAGGAAGGAACAAAAGCAUGAAGCGGUGCAAGCACCAAAUGCAGAAAAUGCAUGCUAUAGAUGUGGAGGAAAAGGGCACUGGUCACGUACUUGUCAUACGCCAAAGCACUUGGCUGAGCUUUAUCAAGCCUCCCUACAGAAGGCAGAGAAAAAUGCUGAAGCAAAUUUUAUUUCUGAAGAUAAUUUAAACUUCAUGCAUUUGGAUGUAGCUGAUUACUUUGCACUCCCAGAAGGAGAAACAAGUCAUGUGAACGGUGGUGAAUCUGUAGAAAUGUAA